UUUUUUUUUCUUCAUCUAAUAAAAUAAAGAAACUAAUACAAAUAUAAAAAAAGAAUGCCUACUUCGUCUGCAGCAGCUGCUAGUCCAGGCAAUUCACAUAAUGUUGUUGGUGUUCAUUAUAAAGUAGGAAAGAAAAUUGGCGAAGGAAGUUUUGGUAUUAUUUAUGAAGGCAUUAAUUUACUUAAUAAUCAACCCGUUGCUAUCAAGUUUGAACCUAGAAAGAGUGAUGCACCUCAAUUAAGAGAUGAGUAUCGAACUUAUAAAAUUAUGGCAGGAUCUACGGGUAUUCCAACUGCUUAUUAUUUUGGACAAGAAGGAUUACACAAUAUAUUAGUGAUUGAUUUAUUAGGACCCAGCUUAGAGGAUAUGUUUGAUACAUGUGGAAGACGAUUUAGUAUAAAGACAACAGCUAUGCUUGCUAAACAAAUGCUUACUAGAGUUCAAACGAUUCAUGAAAAAAAUUUAAUCUAUAGAGACAUUAAACCUGAUAAUUUUUUAAUUGGUAAACCUGGAACAGAAACAGAAAAUCAAAUAUUUAUUGUAGAUUUUGGUAUGGCAAAACUAUAUAGAGAUCCAAAAACAAAGCAACAUAUUCCCUACCGUGAAAGAAAGAGUUUAUCUGGAACUGCUAGAUACAUGAGUAUAAAUACCCAUUUAGGCAGAGAACAAUCUAGACGUGAUGAUUUGGAAUCACUAGGUCAUGUUUUCAUGUAUUUCUUAAGAGGCUCUUUACCAUGGCAAGGGCUUAAAGCAGCUACAAAUAAACAAAAAUAUGAAAAGAUUGGAGAGAAGAAACAAACAACUGCCAUUAAAGAUUUAUGUGAUGGAUAUCCAGAGGAAUUUGGUAUCUAUCUUCAGUAUGUACGUAAAUUAGGAUUUGAAGAAACUCCCGACUAUGACUUUUUACGUGGACUAUUUUCUAAAGUGAUUGAAAAAUCAGGUGAACAAGAUGAUGGAGUAUAUGAUUGGAUGUUAUUGAAUAGUGGAAAAGGAUGGCAAACAGUAUCUAAACGAAAUAUACGUCAACAGCAUACAACAAACAAAAGAAUUAUUGACAAUAAUAAUAAUAAUAAUAAUAAUAAUAAUAAU